AGCGCAGACCUGUUCACUUUCUACGUUUUGAAGUGUGCAUCCGAACGUCUUCCAGUUGCCAGAGGCUUCGCGCGCGUUGAUCACCAUUCGCAAGCUGCCCCGAGCAAACAGAGCAAGGCGUUCUUGAUUCCUCAUUCGACCCUUGACGUCCCUUUGCAACACUCUGACUCGGACUGCAUCCAGGGACGCCUCUUGCGCCUGUCGUGAUCAGCACCGCUCGAAAGCUUGGAACGCUAUGAAACACGGGCUUCAUCGAAACAGCAGCAGCACAGGGAGCAGCACAUCUGCUUCUACUGCUGCUCCCAAAACUCCCGAGGAUCUGCGUGCAGGCGAAUCCUUUUGGUUUCCAAAGACUGCAUCGAUGGAAGGGUCAGGUGCAAAGGCUUCCUUGCUCAUGCGUUCGGAUAUCGCCACGGCGCCCUCCAUUUCGCGCCACGAUGCGACGGGCAGCACUUUGAUGGGGAGCGCACUUUCGGAUUCUGAAGACGAAGAGGCAGGCAGCGCAACACAGUCAGCCGAAGCUUCGACGUCCACUACGAGUCGAAGGAGGUCGGAUUCGACGAACAAGUCGAGCGCCACCAGCGCCGCCCUCAACGGCGAUGCUGAUAGUGCGGUCCGAGGUCUGACUCGUCGCGGUCGACCUCGGAAGUUGUUUCGCUAUCUAAAAGAUCUGGGAGAGGUGCCGGGCGUCGACUUGAGACCUGUAUCUGCGUAUGACCCUAAAGAUGGGAGCAGCGUCCCUUGCUCGCCCCCAAAGCGCGGAGCUUCUUUGGUGGAUGAUGGAAAUGGCUUGAAACGUAGACGCAUAAAGAAGGUCGCAAAGGCUUGCGUCUUUUGCAAGAGGAGUCACAUGACCUGCGAUGAUGAGAGACCAUGUAGAAGGUGUCACAAGCGGGGAAUUGCGCACAUGUGCGCGGACGAAGAGCCCAUCGCGACUGCGGCUGCCAUCGCAGGACCUAGUAGUCCGCCGCCUGACGUGGAGGAACAUUCGAAGAAGACUUUGAGAGGCAGGAAACGGAGAUGCAGCGCUUCUAACGCAACCAAUGGACAACCCCAAAGCACCGCCGAGGUCAAGAGGACGAGCAGGCGCAAGACGCUCGAGCCAAUACCAUCUCGUCCAGCAUCACCCGUGUCCUCUCAGGUCGGGCCCGAAACUGGCGACAGCUCUAGAUCACGAACUUCGAAAAUAGCUCCGAGCGCUGUGCUCAUGCCAGCCUUGACUCGCGACACUCCGAAGGAAGAUGAGGCCUACUUUGGCAGCGUCGACUUGGCACACCUAGCCAAGACGAGCUCAGAUCCGAGUUGCUCCCAGAUGCCCUCGCACGCCGCCCGGCACGUCGGUGUUUCGUCCAACGUGGAGAGGCUAGCUCCAAGCGACCCUGCUCCUCUCCUCUCGUUGGAUCAACUCUCACCCAAUGGGCAACUGCAAAUCCCAAGUGGCGAGCUGUUUUGGGCAGCUUUCCCACAGACAAGUGGAACGUCCGCCUCGGGUCUAGUGGCAGGGAGCGGUUUGACGCCGGGUCAGUUUGGUUUUGGGGUCGGAAGCGGUUUGACACCUUUUGAAACGUACUUGCGCGAGAAUUACCGCGAGCCGAUAGGUGAUCUACUGCUCACUCCGGGAGCUAUGGCGCCUUCAGGCCAAGCGAGGCAACAACAACAACAACAACAGCAGCACCAUCUCCAACCACCGCUCUUGACUCCUUUGGGCAGCUUUCGCAUCAGCGAUGGCUCUUUGCAGAAUGUACCAACCUUCACUCAGCUCGAUGGUAACACCAGCAAGACCGCGUCGCGAGGGUUAGAAAGCGGACGUGAAGCGUCCAAUGCCGAAGCUACUGGACCGAACAUUGCGUCUACAGCAAGCGCUGAUGCCGGCGCAACGCUCGCCGCAUUUGGGACCGGCUUGCAACAAUAUGCAGCGCUGAAAAAACCAUUCACCUUGUCCAUACCCUCAACAGCCACUGCCAAGGCGUCCGUGUCGCAAGUGGAGCUAGCCGAUGGGGAGGCGAAAGAGUAUGAGCACCUCAAGUCUAGAAUCGCUUCAGCUUUGACGUCCGACCAGCAUCAUGCAUGGUCUUCCGCCCUUCAGGGCAGAAUGGCACGAGCCUUGGAGAGCCUUCGAGGUGCGAUCUCAGCCAAGAUGAUGGGAUUGAACGAGUCGGAGACGCAAAGACUGAGCAUCGACUUUGCGCGAGUGCACGCACAUUACAAGCACGCUGUGCUGGAGAGCGUGUCCGCACCCAUGCUGCUGCUCACCAGAUGGGGCCGUGUAUGUGACAUCAACUCGCAUCUAGUUGACCUGCUGCGACUAGACGCUUGCCAAUUUGAUCUGUCGAUUGUAGGCAUGGAGGACUUUCUGUGUCCUGGAUUGGCAGUACAUAUCUUUGAGCACUACGCAACAGUGCUGCAAAGCCCCAAGACGAAUGAAGCGAUUCGAGCGACUGGCGACAUCGUGUCGCCCGCAGCUCGAAGGUACGCUCUGGACAAGUCGAGGCUUCCCCGCAGCACGCCGGCACCGACGAUGACAGGUCGUGCGCGCACUGCCGACGAGGAUGCCGCGCUCGCGAGAUUGGUCGGUGGUGUACCUUGCGCCAUCUCCUUUCAGCUCGUCUGCUCCGCUCAUGGAGUCCCGCUGAUGGGCGUGGCCACUCUGCUACCCAUCGAAGCGCGAAUCUCUUGAAGAGCCGUAUCUCCGCCCCUGGGAGCCCCAAUGCAAAUCGCGCUACUUCUUUCGGCAAAUUUUUCUGCAUUCUCUGUGCUCUAGCAGCUCUCUGUACUUGCGAAUAUUGUAUUUCUUCCGUUGGAACCGACACUCACGCUUCAUGGAC